AGCAGCGAGGAGGAUUGAAGGGCGCUGCAGAGGUUCGUUCGCAUCUAGGCAGGGAGCAGGGGAACAAUUUCGGCAACUCUCGUGAGACGAAUCUUGCGUGGUAGAGCAGGGAGGCGAGUUAUAGAAGAUUGGCGUCACAGAGAAGACCAUCUGGUGACCAUCUGUCCGCAGCAGAGCUUCGAUGCAGUGGUCCGCAACAGUAGUCCGCAACAAUGCUUUGAUUUUGGUAUUGCAGAGUUCUGAUUGAUGCAUUGGUCCAUCAUUUGCAUUGAUUAAAACCACGAAAAGCGGCCAUUGUCUAGGUUUAGCCCUCGGUUGGAAUGAUGAGGUGCAGGUCAAGGUUUUGGAUGGAACACUUAUGGUGGUUGAUAAUUUGAGGAGGAAAGGCGUGGACAUUCAGGGCGGGUGCAAGCUGUGUAACGCGCCGGAUGAAUAACUAGAUCAUGCGAUGAGGGCGAGUCCAAGAGUCCAAGCAGUGUUGCGGGCAACUGGGAUGUACAUGGACUUCGAGCUAACCACGACGGAAGUCUGGAUAAGGAAGCAGCUUGAUAGUGUUGGCGAGGAAGAAAGAGGUAGUUUCGUGGCUAUAUUUUGGAGUAUUUGGAAACGGAAAAAUACAACAGUUUGGAAACAGCAUGUACAGGACAUUGCUAGCGUUGUAAAUGCGGGUACUGGAAUGCUGACUAGUUGGAAGGAUGUCCAAGUCACUGAGGAAGGGAGGAUAGGUUCGACCGGAGACCGUGGAAAUAAAUGGAAGAACUCGGGG